CCUGUAUCUUGGCAAGCGUUCGGUAUAAACAACCUUUCCAGUAAAAAUGCCUUGUUUGCCUAUGAAAAAGAAGAAGAUCAUCAGGCCUGUUGAUACUUUACCACACAAGAAUGUUAACAGGUAUGGCGAAAAUGAAAUUCACCGUGUAAACCAGCCUUUGAGGCUUGACCAGUGGAAAAAGCGGGGUGUAAACCCCAAUGAUGGCCGUCCCCUGCCUGAAGUUCCCCAAGAUGUGCCCCACGAACAGUCCAGGGAGGCAGCUACACCCCGUCAGGCACCCCACUAUGAGAGGGAAGUCGCCCGUGGGGAGCCCCGGCGUGAGCAGGAAUUACGUCCACUCCGCCAGAAGCCCCCUGUUUACAGAGGGGACCAUGUGGACCUGGACAGUUCCAUUGCUUCUUCAAGACGCUCAACACGAUCCCAGCCACUGAAGGCGGACUUCUUCAUCAGCGUUCCAAUAUUUAACGAGACUUUGAAUCACAGUUUCCGCAAGAAGAACGAGUUUGUUUACAUUGACUCCCGUAGUGAUGAGGUGACCACGUAUCACCAGACCCUCUCCCGUGGCUCCAGCCUUAAGGACCUACGUAGCUCUGGUAGGCGCCCAGCCUCCACCCCCCGGGAACAAAGGAACCAGCAAAGGCCAAGGUCACUCCAGAGGGCACCACAGCGUGAGAGACGUCAGCGACCCUUUUCUGGAAGUGAAGCCUCAGUUGCAACUCGAUCCUCGUACGGCUACGAGUCUGAGACAUUUGAGGGACCAAUUAUGAUGCGCAACAAGCACCUGGCUCCAGGCCUGAACAUCGAGUCUGAUGAUGAAGAUGAGCGAUAGAAGAUUCUUCGAUAUGGCCAUGUAAAACUGUUUUAACUCAGCAUAUACCAUUUUGAGUUACAAUAGUUUUGCAUUGAACCUUCAAUUUACAGUCAUCAAAAUGAUUUAGAACCAGUCCAGUAGCAGUGUGAUAGACUGGUUACAAUUGAGUUGGUUGGUAGGGUGUUGUUUUAAUAAAGCUUUUUUCAAACUAUUUACAUAUAUAUUUAUUUGUUAAGAUUUAAAUUAAUCAUUUAGAACAAAAGUCAGAAAAAUAACCACUUUCUACAAAACCUUUAUUGAUGUCCUAUGCUCUUCAAUAUCCUACACUUUUGACAGAUAUUUUCUAUUAUACCAAAAAUCUAUGCAUCCAUGAUGAUAUUAUACUUGUAUUCAUUGUAUUAAUUAUUGUUUAUUUUCAAUAUGUUUCCACACAGGCUCCCUAAUUUUUGCACUGAAUUUAUUACUGUUUCUCUUUUUAUAAUCCAUUUACUUUCUUAUAUGAAAGCCUCUUGUUAGCUGUGUUCUUUCUGAGUCGAAGGUGCUCUGUCUUGUCAUUUAGGAAAACCAUAAUUGCAUUUGAUACAUAUUAUACUGUUCGUGUUCUAUUUCUGCAAAAUAACUGUUUAAGUGUAGUUGUUUGCUCGUGUCUUUAAACUGUUGUGCAGUUAUAGACUUUAGCUUUAAGGCUGUUAUAUGAGAAAGCAUACAACAAUUAAUUUUAAGAUCAAGAAAAUAAAUUAAACCUGCAAUGUCAGUGUUAAAAAUAUAUAUGUUUAUCAUGUCACAAAUGAAAUUGAAAGUUUAAUGUGCCAAUUUGAAUGAACAUUGACUUUAUAUGAUUUGAUAUGCUCAUCAAUAUUUUCUUCUUUAUUUAUAAGCAGAACUUUGUGUAAUAUAGAACAUAGAUUUUAAAAUAAUUGCUGUAACAUAGUGACAUGUCACAGAAGAUUUAGUUAAACAUGUACAUGUACAUUAGACAAGUAGAUCGUUAUGCUUUUGAUUUGUUUUGUACUGAUAAAUUAAAUGUUCCAACAUUUCUUUGAUUUAGAUAAUGUCUAGCAUGGUUAGCAUUUAAUUGGUUUAUGAAAUUUAAGAUUAAAAACGAUUGUUUUGUUAGCUUAAUUUUCAAAGAAUAAGUAUUGCCAUAGCCUUGGUGUCUCUGUUGGCAUUGAAAACAUUUAAAGUUGAAUAUUAGUAGACAACUGCUUCACUAUGGCAAUGCCCACAUGUGAAGCAAGUCCUGUGGUUCAAGCUAAACUAUUUGCCCUGUGGGGUCUAUCAAGAAAAGAAACUGAGGUGAGUGUUGACAUCUGCUUGUUGUGCUCUGGGGCGGUAUUCAUAAGACAUCAUUAGUCAUUUCCUUACUUAAAUUAUGUUCCUAACUUAUGUAUCACUCUUAUCAUAUGAUAUAUUAACUUAACUAUACCUGAAAUACUUAAUUUUCAGUAAUUUUAUGAUAAAAAUUCAACACUUUUAUGUUAAAAACACUAAUACUUUUUUGUAAUUUGACUAUAAAAAAUUUAGGAAAUUGACUUAAGUUAAGAAAUUACUAAAAAGUUUUUUUAAUACGGCCCCAGAUUUUUUCAAGAUGUUGUUAAUUUGAUGUUAGUGAUCAAAAUUGGAGUUGUGCAAUUGAAAAUAUUCCUUUCUCGUGUUUCAAAGCUUUUCUUCAAAUAAAAACUUGAGGGAAAGAGUUAUCUAGUGGUAUAUGUGUCCGCCUCUUACCCGAGAAGUUUGUGGGUUUCAUACCCACCUUCCGGAAAUGUUCAAGAACAUAGUCAUCUUGAAUUGAGAUUUUGAAGGACUAUUUGUUAUGGUAGGAAAAAUAAAUUUGUUAUGGUAGGAAAAAUAAAAAAGUAAAAAAUAUUGUAUAAAUGAUUGGUAAUUUCUAUAACUUUUUUUUCCUCGCAUUAUGCUUCGACGAUCUAUAUGUAUACAUGCAUUUCAAUGUAAGCUUAGAAAAUGAAGGUUUAUCUUUAUAAUGAAACCAUGUUUUGCCCAUUUUACCAACCAUAUUAAACUAUUAAUCUACUUGUUUUUGAUAACCACAACAUUUUUCAAUCUAUUGUCAUAACAUUUUGCAAUAAUUUUUAUUUAGCACAUGCAAUACAAACGCAUUUAUAUGAUACUGCUUGCUUUUAACAUAGUUGUUAUUUCAUGUCUGUUCUAGUUAAAAUAUGGGUUUUUGUUCUGAUAGUGUAUCAGUGGACAAGGAGUGUAAGUUUAGCAUAAUAAAUCAUAUUUGUUUGGCCAGUGGAAGACAAGAUCAUAGAAAAACAUUUAUGAUUAUAAAUGCAUAGUUAUAUAGUAUAUUAUUUACCUAUUUACACUGUGUUUGUGCCUUCGUUAAGAUGCUUUUGAAGACUUUUUUUAUCGAGACAGUGGUCCAGCUUUCUAAAGGAAGUUUAUACAUAUAAUCAAUGUUUUCGUGUUUAUGUCUUUGUAAUCUUUUAAUAGGGUACUAUUUGUGGUCAAUUAAUUUAUUCAGUACUUUUUAAUGACAUAUAUAUAUACAUUGAGGUUUACAUCAGAUUUAUUGUAUACAUUUACUUAUAUAGACAUGUGUUGUUAUGCUUGUAAGUUAGUGUAGAUUCUAGUCAUAGAAUCAAAUAAAGUAGAAAAAAAUA